AACUCUCUCUCUCGAUCUGAAAGUCCAGUCCCAUGGCCAUCGCCCAGUGAAGGGAGAAGGCCAACAAGUUGUAAGGAGGAGCAUUCCGAAGGGACUCAAGCUGGCUUUCAGUCCGAAGCGGGUGACGGCGGAGCUCCGCCACUCCACCUCCACCUGCAGCAGAGCGUCGCAGUCUCCGAUGAAGCGGGACGACGUCGGGCUGUCUCCCUUGUCGCCGGGGAAUUCCCCAGUUGACGAGGAAGACGACGACGACGACUACCGCGGCCGUCACUCGCGAGAUCGCAUUCCUUCCCUGUUGUCCGCCAAUCUGCAGUCGGUGUUCCCCUUCUCGCUUGCAGACAGGCCUCUCCUCCAGAACUCCAAGAUCUUGUUUCUUCUCGCCCUAGCAAUCUUAGCCGCUGUAACGAUCUCGGCAUUUUCAGUAUUUAACAGAUUGACUGCACCAUAUUUGUGCAGCAAGGAAGGCAUAACUCUUCAAUGCCCACGGGUUAAGGAGCCUCCUUCACUCUGGGAGAAUCCUUACUCCGCCACGACCUCUUGGAAGGCUUGUGCUGAAAGGCGAGAGGGUAUAAUUUCAGAUCUUACAGCAGAGAAUAAAACAAAUGGAUACAUAUUUAUUCAUGCAGAAGGUGGUCUAAACCAGCAAAGAAUUGCUAUCUGCAAUGCUGUUGCAGUGGCCAAAAUAAUGAAUGCGACUCUUAUAUUACCGGUGUUAAAACAAGAUCAGAUAUGGAAAGAUCAAACAAAAUUUGAAGACAUAUUUGAUGUUGAUCAUUUUAUUGACUAUUUGAAGUAUGAUGUGCGAAUUGUUCGUGAUAUACCUGAAUGGUUUACUGACAAAUCGGAGCUGUUCACAAGCAUUAGACGAACUGUCAAGAACAUCCCAAAAUAUGCUUCAGCUGAGUUUUAUAUAGAUAACGUUUUGCCAAGAAUCAAGGAGAAGAAGAUUAUGGCGUUGAAACCAUUCGUUGAUCGACUUGGGUAUGAUAAUGUUCCAUCUGAGAUAAACAGGUUGAGGUGCAGGGUGAACUACCAUGCUUUGAAAUUUCUUCCCGAGAUUGACCAAAUGGCAGAUCUACUAGUCUCAAGGAUGAGAAACCGGACUGGCAGUCCGAACCCCUUCAUGGCACUUCACUUAAGGUUUGAGAAGGGGAUGGUGGGCUUAUCUUUCUGUGAUUUUGUGGGGACGAGGUCAGAAAAGGCACUAAUGGCUGCAUACAGAAAGAAAGAAUGGCCACGCCGGUUCAAGGACGGUUCACAUUUGUGGGCAUUGGCCCUGCAGAAACGGAAGGAAGGACGGUGCCCUCUUGAGCCUGCUGAAGUGGCAGUGUUGCUUAGGGCAAUGGGCUAUCCUAAAGAAACCCAAAUAUAUGUUGCUUCCGGGCAGGUCUAUGGUGGUCAGAACCGGAUGGCACCACUUAGGAACAUGUUCCCUAAUCUUGUUACAAAAGAGGAAUUGGCUAGGAAGGAGGAAUUGGACGAAUUCCGGAAGCAUGUAACGAGUCUGGCAGCUCUUGACUUUCUUGUUUGUUUGAAAUCUGAUGUUUUUGUAAUGACGCACGGAGGGAACUUUGCGAAACUUAUAAUCGGGUACAGACGCUACAUGGGGCACCGCCAAAAAUCCAUAAAACCAGACAAGGGUCUCAUGUCCAAAUCCUUGGGAGAUCCUUACAUGGGAUGGGCUAGCUUUAAGGACGACGUUGUCAUUACCCACCAAACCAGAACCGGGUUGCCCGAAGAAACAUUCCCGAACUAUGACAUCUGGGAGAAUCCUCUUACUCCUUGCAUGUGUAGAGCGUGACCACCCUGCGUUCAUCCGUGAAGGUGAAUCUCUAACUCUCUCCGGUGGGGUAGAAAAACGGACUUUUUUAUUUCCGGAGAACAUUUUGCUUAGGUGAUCGGCGAUUGUGUAGCAUUAUAGCUUAUAUUGUGAUUCUCUUCCAUGGGGAAUUGCAGUUUUGUAUGUUGGGGAUUAGAUUAUUUUUCAAUUGUUCCAAGAUAGUGUGUAUAUUGCAACUCUGCUAAACAGUUGGUGUAUGGUGUUUCUUCAUUAGUGUUUAUUAUAUUAUCAUAACCUAAUUUGAAAUUCCUCUUCUAUAUGUAGAAUUCUUACCCU